AUGACAAAGAAUAGAAUUCGAAUAGUAGUGUGCGGUGAUAAUGGUGUUGGAAAGACCAGCUUGAUAGCCUGUUUGGUGAAAGAUCAGUUUCUUCCUUGGUUACAGGAUGUUCUGCCCCCGAUUACAAUCCCAAAGGACUUUUCGAGCAGUCGUUACUCACCAGAAAAUACAGUUGUUGUUGAUACGACAAAUUCGGACUUGGUUACGCUGCAUAAGGAAUUAAAGAAUGCAGAUGUUAUCUGGUUAGUGUAUUGUGAUCAUGAUUCAUAUGAGCGAAUUGCUCUUUAUUGGAUGAUGAUGUUCAGAUCUUUAGGUGUCAAUUUACCUGUUGUCCUUUGUAGAAAUAAAUGUGACGAUGAAGCAGAAAUGUUACUUUCAAGCUCAAACUAUAUGGAUUCAGAUGACGAUCAACUAGAUAACAAGAUAGAAGAUGAAGAAUUUAUUCCUAUUUUGAGAGAAUUUAAAGAGGUUGAAACGUGUAUUAAAACUAGUGCGAAGUUCAAAGUGAACGUAAACCAGGCGUUUUACCUUUGUCAAAGAACAAUCACUAAUCCAGUGGCUCCAUUAUUUGAUGCCAGGAUUGGUGAAUUGAAACCCUUAGGCGUAUUAGCCUUGAAAAGAGUUUUCAUGCUUUCAGAUAUGGAUCAAGAUGGGUUUUUAAAUGAUGAUGAAAUUACUAAACUUCAGAAAAAAUGUUUUUCAAAGACCAUUGAUGUUAAUGAGCUACAGUUCCUCAAGGAUACGUUAAUUAAUAUAUCGUCACCAAAUCAGGAAUAUGAGGACUAUGUGUUGUAUGUGCCAGGUAGAGGAUUCACCAAAGAUGGGUUUUUAGUUUUGAAUAAAAUAUAUGCGGAGAAGGGACGCCAUGAAACUACGUGGAGUAUUCUAAGAGCUUUCCACUACACAGAUACAUUAACUAUAAAUGAAAAAAUACUGCAUCCUAAACUUGAUAUCCCACAAAGUUCAAGUGUAGAACUAAGUCCUCUUGGGUACAGGUUUUUUGUUGAUAUGUUUUUGAAAUAUGAUAGGGAUAACGAUGGUGGUUUGAAUAAUGAUGAAUUACAUUUGCUGUUUAAGACUACUCCAGGACUGCCACGGCUUUGGAUAGAAACAAAUUUUCCGUUUUCCACAGUUGUAAACAAUUCAGCCUGUAUUACAUUGCAAGGUUGGUUGGCCUUAUGGUCUAUGACAACAUUCAUAGAUUAUUCAGUAACAACCGAAUAUCUUGUGUACUUAGGAUUUGAUAAAGAUGCAAAAGAUGCAAUACAAAUUACGAAACCGAGAAAAAAGAGAAGAAGGAAUGGAGUAUUUUACAGAGCUCCGGUCACUGAUCGUAAGGUUUUAAAUUGCUUCAUUUUGGGGAAAGGUAAUAGUGGCAAAAGCUCCCUCUUAGAAUCUUUCUUAGGAAGAAGCUUUUCGGAAGCAUACUCUCCAACUAUACGGCCAAAAGUAGCCGUUAACAGUUUAGAGCUUAAAGGUGGAAAGCAAUACUAUCUUAUUUUACAGGAGCUAGGAGAGCAAGAGACACCGAUCCUGGAAAAUAGAGAUAAAAUGAAUGAAUGCGAUGUCCUAUGUCUAUGUUACGAUUCUAGUGAUCCAGAGUCUUUUUCGUAUAUCGUGAAUUUAAUUAAUAAAUUCGGAUAUCUUAAAGAAUUACCCAUAGUAUUUGUGGCGCUCAAGGCUGAUUUGGAUAAACAGCAGCAAAGAUGUAGUAUUCAACCCGAUGAUUUCGCAGAUCAAUUGUUUAUCGAUCACCCCUUGCAUAUAUCUUCGACAUGGCCUAGUUCUCUUAAUGAAUUAUUUAUCAAGCUAACGGAAACAGCAUUAGAACCUAUAACAAGCACAGCAGGACUAGGUCCAGCCGUUUUAACAAAAGACAUUGAUUAUCGACAAAGUGUCGUUGCCAUCAGUUCUGUAAUCGGUUUUGCUUCGUUAUUCACUUUUACGGCAUUAAAGAUAUAUAGUAGUUUUAAAAAUAACAAUUAA